GUACAAGCAAUGGCCCGAGACUGCCAUUUGUGUAUAUAGGAUUUUAACCGUUCGUUCUUCAAUUCAAACAUAUUAUUUAAAUAUUCAGCUCUUUCACACAUUCAAAUAUAUAAACAAAACACCGACUGAUAUGAGAUUGAGGAACACGAUGAAUUCUGGAUAUAACGAUUCAUGCAUUUAUGCUUACCAUAGAAACGGCGCCAUUGUUCGCUAAAGUGUUAAAUUUCACUCUUCAUAAGAAUAAAGCAAACAUUUGAUUUUUGAAGAUAUGCAGUGGAUUUAAUUAUAUAAUUAAAUAUAUGCCGAACAUAAAUUAAACCGUGGGAAAUAUAUAGGUAUACAGCAGUAAGCAUGAGCGGGGUAGUGAGAGACCUUUACCGUUACCAUCACUGGCCAGACAGAAAAGAUUACUGGACUCGUUCAGUGAGGAACGAUGCUUUCCAAAUGUCUCCCAGAAGAGGUGGUGAUGAAGAACUACAUGGAAUAUUUGGACGGACAGGGGAAUAUGUUGGAUAUGACAAUAAGAUUAAUUACAAAAAUAGGGAGCUUAUACGAUACCAUCACUGGCCUAUCAGACGAAAUUGGCAAAACAGAUUUGAAAGCAAGGAAAUCCCAACAGCGAUGAAACCAUCACAGAGGGCUUUGAGUCCAUUGCUAGAAAGGAAGAAGCAAAAGGCAUAUAGUUUGCAGACAAGGCCCAAAAGUGAGCGGAUGGAAUAUGAUUUCAUGCGUGCUAACAAUCUCACUACGACCACAGCUCCAUUUGCCACAAAUCAUACACCACAGAUUGGUAUCAAAAUAAUAGGAAGCAAACGGGUUCCAGUUAUAGAAAACUUAAAUACAAUUGAAGACAGACAGAAUUCUCCUGGUGGGUAUGGACCAAGAGUACCUCCAAUACAGAACAUAGCAGAGAACCCUACUAAGAUAGACCCUAGAUUACUUGCUGAAGGAACCAAAGGAUAUUUCAGCGCACAAAGACCUGGAUCAAACAACAUAGAAUACGGAGAGAGAUUAUUUCGGCCAUUAAUGCGCCUGGAUAACUUUUCAUCAAACUUACACGGUAAACCAACUUUUGCAAAUAGAACACGACCAGACUCCAAAACGCUAUCGCCAUAUAAUAACCUGCCACCGAUUCGAGCUAAUAGGAACAAGAAUCAGAUGAGCACAGUUUUUGAGAGUGAACCCUGGAUAAGAAGAGGAGAAUCACCAAAGCUAGCCAACGACACAGAGUACAAAUAUUCAUACCUUGAUCGACCGCUCAGUGAUCGACCUUUAAACGGUUAUCAUUCAGAGAACAAUUUCAAAAUGAAUUUCCAAUCAGACGCACAUUUUAUGCCUCCAAGAAAAGCACAAAGUGAUAACGGGAACUACGGGGCAUCCGGCGAAAGAGAAUUCCUACUUCAAAGAUAUCUACCUACAGACAGAUACGAUACAUACAAAUUACCAUCUGAUUCCGCCAUGUUUUCAGCAGCCGAUGAAGAUUUGUUAGUCAAAAUCAUAGGAGACGAAUUGAGUCACAUUCAACCAGAUAGAUUAUACAACGCUUACAUUGAAGCAACGAAAUUCGAUAAACAGUUUAUGGGUUGGUGUUCGUUUGACAGAGUGAAUCAGAGCUUAUUGUCUCAAAACGCUGCACCUCAUCCAGAUACACUUAGACUUAUUGCAUCUAUGUUUAUAGACCCUAGUAUACCUGGCCAAGUGAACUACGAAAAAAUAUUGAAGUUUAUAGAAUAUGCUAUGAAAAGAAAUUAUCCAGAUUUGUUUACUAAAACUCAAGACGGGUACGGAAAUUCUAAAUACUACAAUUCAUCUCAGCAAAAUAACUCUUCUCUGCAUGGUUUAGAGCCUUUCAAGGAAAAAGAAACAGCAAAAUUACUCAGGAUGGUGCACGAUGCUUUAAAUGAAACCGGAUAUCGCCUUGAUAUAGAGAGACUUUAUAGAGAUUUCCAGUCUGUAGAUAAUAAGAGGGAAACAUUAUCAAAGGCUCAGAUUAGUGAUGUUUUAUAUCAGAACAGAGUCCCAUUACAAGAUUCUUUGUUAGACCACAUACUUCACAAAUUCCAACAGUCCAACGGACAAUACAAUUGGCAACAGUUCCUUAGCUUUCUGGAGAAAGUUCAAUCAGUACAAACAGGUUUACCAAUUCCACAAAGUAAACGACCUUUAGAGUACGCCAAACAAUACCCACCUCCUCAUGACAGUUGGCCAAGGGCAAAGGAGUCACCUAGAGAAUCACCUCCACCAUCUAACAGAAACGGCUACGACUCGAAUGAUUAUCGAGAUCCACCCUUAACUGAAAGGGAAAGAAGAAUGUUAGAAAAAUUGAGAAAAACGGAAGAAGCAAUAAAUGGGUUAAAGCAUAGAUAUAAGGGCUACAACUCUUAUCGGGAAGAUCCUCAAACAGAAAGAGAAAGACGAAUUUUAGAAAAAAUGAGAAAAACGGAAGACGAAAUUUACGAUAUAAAGCAUAAAAAUAAGGACCGUUCACCGUCACCAGUUCAUUACCAUGAAUCUGAAACUGAACGGGAACGACGAGUAAAAGAAAAAAUAAAUCAAAUAGAAGACGAAAUAUAUGAACUAAAAUUUAAGGAUCAGGAAUCACAACCACAAAACGGUAUAGAUAAGGAAAAUAAGGAAAAACGUAUUUUGGACCAAAUAAGCAAGACCCGGAACACAAUUGAUGAUAUUAAAAUUACAAACCAGAUAAUGAGGGAAGGUAUGGAGGUCAGCGAAAAGGGAUACAACUGGUCAGAUAAACUGUUAAAACUUAGUGGACAACUUUACGCUAUAGAUGAGCAGAGAGGAAAAUCCGAAGGCUUAAUACCUUACCAAGUAAUGAUUGAUAAGACGAUGGAAUUCAAUAAGUACGCUCACAUGGACAUUCCUUAUGACGUAAUUGUGCGCCUUGCACAGGAGUAUAAAAACCAACGUGACCAAGUAGAUAUUUUCAAAUUCCUUGACCAUCUAGGAAACAGAUAUCGUUGGUACAAAGCUUAACAAAGAAUGAUAUGUUAACAUGACUAUGUUUUAGUUGCCAAAUUUAUAUGAACCAUUCUGCAUACCCUGACAUUUUGUAUGAAUGUUAGUCUUAUCUCCGUCCUUGUAGAUUUUAUAUAUAAAUGAGAGUGUCUAAAGAACCAGGGAAGUUAUCUUUAUCAUACUUUUUGAUUUUUAAUGUUGUUACAUUUUAUAUAGUUAUUUAUUUUUGUAGUAUGUAAAAUAUAUACAUGUCAGUGAUUCAAGUCAAUAAGAUGCCCCGCACAUCUAGAAAUUUAUGAAUUUUCAGUAACAAUGUUAACAUUGGAACUAGGUUCUUAGUAUGCAUUCGUUUUUAAUUGUUUUUUGCAUCUAUCACAGCGGCAAGUUUGGCAUACGGAAUUAGUUGAGAAAAGGAAUUGUUAGUCUCUCACAUGUAAAACAUGUCCUUACUAUUCUAACAAGAAUCUCAAUGUUAACAAAUCCAAAAUGGUCUUAGUUAUUGUUUGCUAGCAACGAAUAUCAUACAUCAAUGAAAGAUGUAGUAUGGUGGUUUUAAUGUUAUACUUUAUUACGUUUCCGACACAAAAGAGUAUCAUAAAAAUAUUAGUUUAUACACUAAAAAUUAUUGUCCCCUGAACAAGACCACAAUUUUAUAUCUGAAUUGCAUCUAUCUGUUGCUAUUAACGAACUCCAAGAUUGUGGUUUCUACUUUUUGGAAAUUUUCGCAAGAAACCACUCUUGUGUUCGAAGUCGUGGCUAAGAGCGAAGGGAUCAAAAUGUCUUUGAACACUGCAAAUUUGAAUAGUACAUGUGGACAUCAGAAUUUAACAUUUUACUCAAUUUAAAUGUAAAAAUCCCAAAUGGUUCUUUGGUUGUAAAACAGAAAGUUAUUACGCUAUAUCCGUGAAUUGCCAACAAGAUAAUACUUUACUAAUUGCUAAUUUUUAUUUAUUUUUAAAUCUGUGAUAUUACCUGUGAUAUAUAUACAUUUGUAUUUAAAAGAGACAUUUUGUGAUAUAUUUAUAUAUGAUCAUAAUUGAAGAUAGUUUAAAA